CUUAACAGCAAAAGUGAAAGACAAAGCUUAUGAUAAAUUAAAAAAGAGUGGCCAGAGGCACCCUUCAUAAGCUUAUCUCGUAUUCGUUUAUCGUUUGAAUUACAGUUUACAUUUGAAGUACAUCAACAUGGAGAAUGGCCAGGGGAGCACAGGGGACAGUCGUCUGGAUCAAGCUGUCACGCAGUGGCUUCAGUAUGACAAGAAUCCAAAGACGGCUGCUGCUGUGCGGUCAAUGGUUAAGGAUGGAGCCUUGUCAGAGCUGCAGAAGUGUUUCGGGGCUCGUAUGGAGUUUGGAACCGCAGGACUGAGAGCUGCCAUGGGACCAGGAGUGUCCUGCAUGAAUGACCUCACUAUCAUACAAACCACGCAGGGUUUUUGCGCAUACCUGGAGGAGUGUUUUGUGGAUCUGAAGCAGAGGGGUGUAGUUAUCGGGUUUGAUGCUCGUGCUCACCCUCCCAGCGGCGGCAGUAGUAAAAGAUUCGCCUGUCUUGCUGCUUGUGUUCUGAUGAGCCGAGGCGUCCCAGUUCACCUCUUCAGUGACAUCACACCUACUCCAUAUGUGCCUUUUGCUGUGUCGCAUCUUGGACUGUGUGCUGGUAUCAUGGUAACAGCCUCCCAUAAUCCCAAACAAGAUAACGGAUACAAGGUGUACUGGGCAAACGGAGCUCAGAUCAUUCCUCCUCAUGAUAAGGGCAUCGCUGCAGCUAUAGAACAAAACCUUGAGCCCUGGCCUGAAUCCUGGGACACAGAUGAGGGUCUUCGGAGUUCACUGCUUAAUGACCCAUAUCAGGACAUACACAGAGAAUACUGUCAAACCAUCCAGCAGCACUGCUUUCACAGGGAGCUGAAUAGGAAUACAGCAGUGAAGAUUGUACACACAUCAGUUCAUGGAGUGGGACAUAUUUUUGUCCAGGCUGCUUUUAAGGCCUUCGAUCUUCAGCCUCCAUAUGCCGUGGAAGAACAGAAAGAUCCUGAUCCGGAGUUCCCUACCGUCAAAUACCCAAACCCUGAGGAGGGAGAGGGAGUCCUGACGCUGUCCUUCGCGCUUGCAGAUAAAGAAGGAGCAAGUGUUAUUCUGGCGAAUGACCCUGACGCUGACAGACUAGCUAUUGCAGAGAAACAGGAGAGUGGGAAGUGGAGAGUUUUCUCUGGGAAUGAAUUAGGUGCUUUACUCGGCUGGUGGAUUUUCCAAUGCUGGAAGCAGCAGAAAGUGGAAGGAAAAGGCUCCAUUAAGGACGUCUACAUGCUAUCCAGCACAGUCUCCUCAAAAAUCCUCAGAGCCAUUGCAGUGAAAGAAGGCUUUCACUUUGAGGAGACUCUUACAGGCUUUAAAUGGAUGGGAAACCGAGCCAGAGAGUUGAUGGACCAAGGAAAGACUGUUCUGUUUGCCUUUGAAGAAGCUAUUGGUUACAUGUGUUCUCCUGCAGUUUUGGACAAAGAUGGUGUGAGUGCAGCUGCUAUUGCUGGUGAAUUCAUCUCUUACCUGGCAUCUAAAAACAUAACUCUGUCCCAUCAACUGAGAUCCAUUUAUGAAGAGUACGGUUACCACAUUACCAAGAACUCCUACUUCAUCUGUCACAACCAAGACACCAUUAAAAAGUUGUUUGAGCGCCUCCGAAACUACGGAGUGGACAACUCGUACCCUAAAGAGUGUGGAGGUUUUGCCAUCAGUGCAGUGAGAGACCUUACAACUGGAUACGACAGCAACCAGCCCAACAACAAGGCCGUUCUGCCCACUAGUAAGAGCAGUCAGAUGAUUACCUUCAGUUUUGCUAAUGGUGGUGUGGCUACAAUGAGGACCAGUGGAACGGAGCCUAAGAUCAAAUACUACACUGAACUCUGCGCUGCACCAGGAAACAGUGAUCUCAACCAGUUGACAAAGGAGUUGGAUAACCUGGUUGAUGCCAUCGUGGAGCACUUCUACCAACCUGAGAAAAACGGCCUGACUCCCCGACCAGAGUGAGAGAUACCACAAUACGCCACUACCGGGAUGUUCUUAACUAAUUCUGCUCUUAGUCUUAAACAACCACACAUAACCAGUUUUAUCACAUGGGUCUUAAUCUAUGCAGGUUUCCUAUGCACUUUUAUCUGCUUUUAAUGCAGGAAACGUAGAUCAAAUCUGGUGCCACAUGAACAUAACCGUUGCCUUUUUCAUUUACUGGUUCAUUUCACCACUUCUCAGUUUUAUAAUCUAUGAUAUUAUGUUAUAUAUAUAUAUAUAUAUAUAUACAAGCAAUUAUUUUUAUUUGCCUUUUUAGACGUUUAGUAGUGAACUAUGAAUGUACUAAUUAACAGAGUUUGAAUUAAUUUAAAGGUUAUUUACCUUAGCAGAUAUUUUAGGUGAUUGACACAAAUGUUUUCAUAUUGCAGGAGUACAAGACAGUGUCUAGUUACUGUUCGAUUUAGACCAAAUAACCUCACAAAUCAGAAUGCCAGCUAUAGAUUAGCUAUGUUCAAGUCUAGAAUUAAACCAAAAAUCAUUUAAAAGGAAUGAGAGAGACCUUUACCUGGGACAAAAAGACUGAUACCGAUUUUAAGCUUGCCAAGUUUAUAUGAUUCCAUUGCUUCCUCAUUCCACCAUCUGUAUUUAGUGACCUUUAGUUGUGUAAUUUAUGAAAUGUGAGGUGUUUGUAAAUGUUUGUCAACAUUUUGAGAUUGGGAACAAGUUUGUAAUGUUUUAUUCUCUCCUCCCCAUUCCAGCACAUGAGUUGUUUUCUUGAAAGCAUAAGUGCUUGACCAAGUAGAUUUCUGGCAAUUAAGUAACUUGUUUUGAAACAUCAAAUAGCCAUUGCAUUGAGAUUAAUGCUGUAUUACCAGCACAAUGGGCUAUAUGCACACAGACUUUUAAUUUUCAACCAGGCAGCCCAAGGGCUUCCGGUGAACUGUCUUUCCAUAACGUUUAAGAUCUGAUUUCUUUAAAAAUCAGCGAUAUUCACUGCCUGUUAGAUAUACGAUAUGAAGUGAGUCUCAGAUCGGACAAGUAGCACUGCAUUAAUAUAUAUUUCCCCACCAUGUUUUUAAAAUAUAACAAGUAUUUUCAAUGGAAUUUCUGCGCUAGCCUGUUGCCACAGACAGCCCUAGCUGUCUUUUAUCUCGUUUUAGGCUUCAACAACUAAAUGAAAGCUAAGUUUAUUUAACUGAAUGUAAUGUAAUUACAUUACAACAUCGAUGCUGUAAAAACAAUCUUGUGAAAUUGAAAAUAGUCACAUUAAGCUUUCACCGGAAGUUUAUCAUUGGCUUUAAAACUCUAGCUGUGCAUAGAGCCUAUUGUUCACUAGUUAUGAAUUCAUGUUAUUUUAUGUAAAGCUGACCAGUCAGUCCACCAUCUUUUUCAUGUAAACAGAUUUAAUAUGUUUCGGGUGCUAUUUAGUUUAACAUUUUAAUCACAAAGUUGUUUAACCCCCUGUUUUAAAUGAAUAAACUGCAAGUGGUCACCA